UAUAAAGCGGCGGUAAAUAAGAAACGUAUAGACACUCCUAAAUAUAAAAUUAGCGACGAAGUUAUAUUUAAUAUAGCUAACUAUAUAAUAGGCCGACCGUAUAAUAAACUAGCACCCCGAUUCGAAGGACCUUUCCGUAUUAUAAAGGCUAACUCGUAUAUAGUAGAAUUAGUUUUACCUUGGAAUAUAGAAGUUACUUAUAUUAUUAAUAUAUCCCGCGUUAAGCCUUAUAUUGAAGGACUCCCCGGUUAA